AUGAUUAUCCUACUAUCACGUGAUAUCCAAAAGAGACAGGCGUCCGUUGGUCGUUUCCACCAGGCAAAAACCUCAACCAACUGGGACUAUGCGCGGCAGGGAGAUUCCUGGGGUGAUCUUUGUCAGGGACACUUCCAGUCGCCCAUCGAUAUCGAGCCGAAGAAUGCUCGGCCCAGUGAUUUACAGAUUCGACUCAACUAUUCGCCAUGGCGAAUACAGGACGUGAAAGAGGGUGGCAUUGAAGAUGGGGUGCCCCGCAUCCGCUUCAAGGAAGGACGAUCGCCUGGGAAGGUGCAGGUGGGAAGCGGCUACCACGACUUUGAUGAGUACUUCCUCUCUGCCAUCGAGGUGCAUGCGCCCAGUGAACACACGCUGCGACAAGCGUCCUGGGCCAUGGAAGUGCAGUUUUGGCACGAGCCGCUGCCUCUGGGGCGAACGGACGACCUGCUGCAGUACACGGAGGAGAUCUGGCAGGACCUGGAUGAUGCCUCCAGCAGAGUCGCAGCUCUCCAUCGUGCGGAGGCGUCACUGCGCAAUCAGUUGGACGGCCACACCUCGCCCGCAUGGAGCGAUCACGUGGGAGGAUAUUGGAGCUCAAAGCAAGCUCUAGAUUGGGUGGAUGCUGCCAAGGGAGACGUCUUUGCUGUCACAUCGCUUUUGAAGCAGGAUGCGAAGGUCGUCCUGAACCAUGCCGACAAGUUGCAGAACGAGGUGAGACAAGUGGUGGAGGCCCAGAAUCGGAAGUAUGCUGGACAUCGUGUGGUUCUUUCCAUGUUCGUUCUGCGGGCCUCCCCAGUCUUCUUGGGAGAAAUGAACGGCACGGCAACGGCUCUGGUGAGGUGGCUUCAUAAAGCUUUGGCCCUGUCCAAAGCCAAGGAUUCGGCCCCCUUGGAGCUGAGAGCGGUGCUCGGAGGGCAGAAUGACAAGCUCUACAGUUAUGAGGGCAGUGUGCCUCGACCUCCUUGUACGCCCAACGUCAGGUGGUUUGUGCUAGGUGAACCGCAGCCUGCUGACAUCAAACAGUUGUCCGUGCUUUUAGAGGAGACACAGUUGGCCAACUCUGUUCAUGGUAACGCUAGACAGGUUCAGCCCUUUGGUCCUUCAAGGAGGCUUCACUCUGUGGCGAUGCAGUGGGAGGCGUUUGAAGCUCCAGUGAUCCCGCAGCAAGAGACGUUGUCUCCUGAGAGGCAGAAGAUGAUCGUAAUCGAGCGAUACUGCAAGGUUUUCGUCCUUUGCUCCAUCUUCUUAAUCUGCACGCCGUUAGUCUUCAGGAUGCAUAAGAGUUGUUCAUCGGAGGAAGAGGAGGCUGAGCUGCCGACCAGGGAUGUGGCCGAAAUUCCCAUUGAAUUGAUGAAGUUUCCCAUUGAUUUUCCCUUGGAAGUCCUAACAAAGCCUGAAAAAUGCAACUCCAAAGAGGCGCUGAACGACCCUGUUUUUCCUGGAUGCAGCUAUUGCUUCAAGGUGGCCGCCCUGAACUACGUCACCGAGAGCAACGCCUUGGAGGAUCAACAGCCCCGGCUGAGCGAUGCGGUGUGUGGUCAUGCAGCCCAAGCACCAGAUCCACCAGGUGCCAUCUACUUUGCAUACCCAGCCAUCGGAGACAUCCAGGUGGACUUCCCCCCUAGCCUGGUGAACGGUGGAGUGGCUGUGGACCUUUAUGAAGUUUCCAUGAACGAAAACAGCCAAGGAUGGACGGUGGUGGCCACUAAUGCUGCCACAGACCUAUCUACCCUGACCCAGGGAUGCACCAAAGGCAACGAUGUGAAGUUCCGCAUCCGCGCACGGAAUGCCGUUGGAUGGGGCAAGUAUGGCUCCGAGGUGACCACUGUGUGUGCUUCCUAUCCUGCGAAGAUGGCGGCUCCCACCCGUUCCACCUCAACGCGAACCUCCAUCACAGUUGUGUGGACGCCUCCGGACAACAUGGGUGCGUCCAUUACCAGCUACAGGUUGUAUGAGGCCUUGGAGAGUGGCGCUUACUAUCAGAUCUUCGAGGGAAACGCCUUGGCCAUGGAAUCCUUGAGUCUGACCACCAAUUUCACGUACCACUACCAGGUGUCCGCUGUGAACGCUGCGGGUGAGGGUGAACGAUCCGAUUCAGCAUCGAUGCUCUGUGCCGGGCAAGCCCAUAAGCCCACCGCAGUCACCUUUGCAGACAACUCGCGUACUGAAACGGUUGUCAGCUGGACUGCUCCAUCGGAUGAUGGUGGUUCUCCCAUCAUUCGCUAUGAGGUCUGGUACCGAGACGGCCUGGAUGCCGGGCCCAUCGAUCGAUUGGCCUGGAGUGGCACAGGAACCAUGUCGGAUACCAUUCGCUUCAUCACCGGAGCUGCCUUGCAAGUGGAGGUGGCAGCCGUGAAUCUGAUGGCAGAACAGCAUUCCUUGGCUGGAACCAGGAGCGAUACUCAGAUCUACUAUGCUGCUGAGCUGUCUACAGCGCCAACCAGCAUCAAUGUGGCGGCCUCCACUUUGGUGUCCGUCACAGUGGCAUGGAGCGCCCCCUUCGAUAGCGGUGGGCUGCCGGUGCUGGGAUACAAGGUCUAUAUGGACGAUGCCUUGGGCGGAGCACUGGUGGAGGAGUACUCCGGGACAGCCACCAGCUUUCAGAAGGUGGGUUUGGCCACUGGAUAUAUCUACAAGACCGAGGUUAGAGCCUUCACCGCCAAGGGCGAGGGAGCGGCCGCCGUGAUCAACGUGUCGCCCUGCAACGAGCCAGGUAGCGUCGGAAACCUGCGGGUCCUGCAACGCUCCGGCAGCUUGGUGCAGCUGGGCUGGGAUGCGCCCACCGACACCGGAGAGUGUCCCAUCCUGGGAUACACGGUCAUGGCAGGCACCUCCACUCUCACUUUGGCCAAGAUUGGUUCAACAUCAUCGGUCUUAGAGACGUCCUACAACUACGUGCCAGCAAGUCCAGACUUGAGCUUCGUCUUCCGGGUCUUGGCUGAGAACUUCAAAACCCAGGUGUCUGGCAGCUUUUCGGGAUCCGGCAGCGACAUCUACGUCAUUGCUGCGGCCGCACCGGAUGCUCCCAGCAACCUGGCCCGCUCGGGCGGGUCCUCUGGAAGUAUUGGACUGACUUGGACGGCACCAACCAAUGAUGGUGGUUCACCCAUCACCAAGUACUACGUGCAACGUAACGAUGGGCCUGGCUCCCAGAUCUUUUUCCUGAAUUUCUUCGCCUCCUUUGCCUACCAUGUCAUGUCGGUCUUGCUGGUCAUCUAUGCCACAGACGAAUUUGGCUUCAGUGACAAAGGUGCUGGAGCUUUGUAUGGCUGGUGGGGAAUCCUCUCAUCCAUCUGGACCAGCAUUGCCAGCAUCUUUGCCAUUGACAACGUGGGGAGCAAACGCACUGCCAUCUUCGCUAUCCUGGCCAUGAUCGGCAGUCGUGCCAUGCUAAUCUUGGCGCGUAACCCGGAGACCUUUCGCUGGGUCGUUCUGGUGGUGUCGCCCAUGGCAGAAGGACUGCUGCUUCCAGUCUUCCUGGUAGGGCUGAAGAGGCUGACAGUGAAGGAGGAACGUCCAAUGGCCUUCAGUCUAAACUAUGCCCUGCACAAUGCAGGUGGUGGCAUUGCAGAUGUGGUCAUCGAUAUCUUCCGCACAUGGCAGGUGAAGGAUCCCCUGGGUUUCGUGGAGGUUUUUGGAUCAUUGGCCACACCCACAAGGGCAUGCCUCGUGUUAACGGAGGCGGCGCUCAUCCUGUCCUUCUUCUUUGCAUGUUUACUGCCAUCGAGUUUGUCCACGCAGCUUUCGUGCUGCAAAGAACACGUCCCCUUUGAGGAUGAUGAGAACGGACUGGCGUCGCCAAAGCAAGGAGUUUCUGUGCGGUCAGUUCUGCGGGAGAACAUGUCCAUUCUGCAUCACCGUGGUUUGUGGAUGGUUGCAGCCUGCAGUACCUGUCUGGUUGGGGUGAAGGCACAAUGGCAUCACAUGAACGCCACGAUGCCCAAAUACCUGGUGCGCGAGCUGGGUGAAGAUGCGCCUUGGGGCACCGUGAACAGCAUCAACUACUGGAUGUGUGCAAUGCUUCCACCCGUGGUGACGCUGGUCAUGGCGAAAUGGAGGAAUUUUCCGGCCAUCUUCUUGGGCAGCGUAGUGAUGUCCUUGUCACCAGCCUUUAUGAUCUUCGAAGUCUCUAUCCGUGCCACCUGUGCUUGGCUGGCGACCAUGAGUUUGGGCGAGGUGAUUUGGAGCCCAAGGUUCAACACCUUCUCUGCAGAUUUGUCGCCAGAUGGCAAGGAGGGCAUCUUCAUGGUCAUCGCGUUCACGCCACAGUUUCUGGCCGGGCUUCCCACUGGUUGGAUCUCUGGGGUCUUGCUGGAAACCUACUGUCCGGAUUGUCCCAGCUGUCGUGAACCUGGAACUGGUGCCUUUUGCAGAUACAACUGCCAGGCCCCAGGUGCGCCGGUACCUUGCAAUGCCUCGACAGGUUUCAACCUGUGUUCAUCACACCAAAGUAUGUGUUCAGUGCCUGCAUUUUCGGGGUGCCCCAGCAGCUGCCGAGAAUGUCAAGGCUGGUCCGAGGCAUCCAACGGCCCUGUGCUGUGGAUCUGGGUCACCGCGCUGUCGGUCAUCGGUCCCUUGCUGCUGCUGUUGUUGCGCAGCACUGCCUUUGACACCGAAUCUGCCAAAGAACUUGCCUACGCAGCAGCAGAGGAUGGUGAAGGUAGUGAUGAGGAAACCAAAGUGGGAGAGAAGGAACCCCUGGAGGAUCACCAUGAAAAUCAUCAGGUGCGCGCCUCGAAGAUUGGGAAAACCGAGCCCAUUGAGGUAGAGAUGGCUGAGAGCACUCCAAGUGGAUUGUUGGGUGGAACCACUUUCGUGGAUGCCACGGAUGGUGUGAAUUAUCCCACCACGGCCACCUACACGGUGACUGGCUUGACCUUGGGGUAUUACUAUGUCCUGAAGGUGGCAGCUGCCAAUCGGGUGGUUGACACCAAUGCACUGACGGACAUAGUGCCCAACUAUGCUGAGAUCCAACUCUAUGCUGCUGCUGCACCGGAUCCACCAGGCGCACCCACAGUGGUGGCUUCCUCACGCACUCAGAGUGGGCUGCAAGUUUCCUGGACCCCUCCAGCGAACUCCGGUGGCUCGCAACUGCUGGGAUACAAGCUUUACAGGAAUAAUGGAGCCAACGAUCCGAUCAACAUCGUGCUGUGGAACGGUCAAGGACAACCUCAGAUCACGUCCUUCACAGUCACAGGCCUUUCAGGUGGCCUCAUCUACAAAUUUGCUGCCACUGCGCUGAAUGCAGCUGGGGAAUCCUUGCAGUCUUCAGAGACGUUGGUUCCAGGAGGAACGGUGCCAACACAGAUGGAUGCUCCUGCUCGUGAUCCUGCAGAAAACCGCACCACCACGUCGGUACAGCUCGUCUGGACAGUUCCAAGUAAUGACGGCAGUUCGCCCAUCACAGGAUAUGUCCUCUCCUACGACAGCGGUGACUACACCGACUUCAGCAACAACAGGACCUACAGCAGUUCCACCUUCUCCGACACCGUCGAUUCUCUGCCGGAAGGAAAGUUCCUACGCUUCGUGGUCUACGCGGAGAAUGCCAUUGGUUUGUCACAGGCAAGUCCAGUCUAUCGUACCCAAGUCUGUGCAUUGCCAGAUCCAGUGGCCAGCUUUGUGGCCACGGAACACACGGAUUACUCGGUGAAGUUGGUGUGGACCCCACCGGCCUCCACAGGCUGCCUGGGUGCUCUCAUCACUGGCUACAAGGUCUAUAUGCGACAAGGCUCCAAUCCAUACUCCCUGGCACAUGAUGCGGGACCAUCAGUCCUCUACCACGUGCAGCAAGGUCUGCAAGCUGGCACCACUUACGGCUUCAUGGUCUAUGUGUGCGCGGCUGACAACUGCGAUGUUGGCUCUCCCACGGGAGGCUUGGAAGUUACGGCCGGAGCACUGCCAUCCUUCGCUGCCGACCCAUUGACUUUGGUGGCAGCCACGCAGACCAGCAUUGAGGUGUCCUGGACAGCGCCAACUGGCUUGGCCAUCACGCAGUAUGAGUUGUACUUCGACAAUGGCGCUGGAACGGGUGGAAGCAUUGUGAACCAGAUCUAUGCGGGAACGGCUCUGACCCACAGACAGGAUACUCUGAACACGGGAGAGACCUACCGAUUCCAGAUCCGAGCCAGCAACGCCAAUGGCAUGGGUGCCUACAGCGGCAUUUCCUCCUUUGCGGCGUCCGAAGCACCUGGCGUUCCACAGAACUUCAGGUAUGUGUCCUCUUCCAUCUACACCUUGCAGGUUGGAUGGGAUACUCCAGCAGCAGUCCAUGCCAAUGAAGCCGCCAUCAUCCGCUACGAGGUGCGGUGGAACGAUCAAACCACCAUCACAGCGGUGCAAACGAUCACCACAUCGCCUGCCUUCAAAGUUGCAAGUCCUUCUACGCCUUUGACGGCUGGCAACACCUACCGCUUUGAGGUUCGCGCUUGCAACAUCAACGAGUGCGGUAGCUGGACUUCGCAGCUGGACUUGGUGUGCGGUGCGCUGCCAGAGGCCCCAUCUGCUCCGUAUGUCAUCACCUCCUCAGCAACGGAUAUCACGUUGGGAUGGGACUACGUUGGCAAGGACUUAUCAAAUAUUCUGUCUCGACAGAUCACGACAGUGAUGGCGUCCCUGAACCUGCCAGAACUUCUUCAACAGGUGGGCUUGGAAGCCUUUGCCAAGCACUUCCCGGUGGAUGCUGCUGAUCUUCUUGAUAUGGAUCAAGAUGAUUUGAUUGAUUUGGCAGCGAAGGCUGGAAUGAACAAGGAUCAGCGCAAGCAGUUCCUGCAAGUGAUGGCGAGUCUUCCCAAGCAACAUCUGUGGAAGCACUUCACUGCGUUGAUGGAGGAGUAUGAUCUGUCCACAUUUGUUGACAAGAUCCCUGUUGACAUGGACCAACUGUUGGCACUGGAUGAAGAGCAGUUGAAAGAUGUGGCCACUGAUGCUGGCAUGAAGAAAGACAAUCGCCAGAGGUUUCUGCAGCUCCUUCCAGCUUUGCAUGACCGACUUGCUCAAGUAGAACGUUCGGAGCAACUGCGCGGCUUGAUGAAGGAGAAUGGCCUGUCUGAAUUUGCCAACAGCAUCCAGGAGGCUGAGAAGCUGCUUCAGAUGCCAGAUGAGGAGUUGAGAGAUGUGGCUGUGGAUUGGGGCAUGGCGAAGGAUGCCCGUAUGAAGUUCUUGCAGGUUCUUGACAUGAUGCGUGACAAAAGCAGUGACAGCUCUACAGAAUUCGAGCUUGUCCUCUCUGAUGCACCUGAGGAUCUUGUCAACUUCCUGAAGAAGAAGAACUUGGAGCAGUAUGCCUUGAAGAUGUUCAACCACGAGAAUGGGGACUAUGGUCAAGUCAGUAUGCUGAUGUCGAUGACGCCCGAAGAUCUCAUGGCAGCCGCUAUGGAUUGCGGUUUUGCCAAGGAAGAUCGCAAGAAGCUAGGAGAGCUGGUGAUGGAGGAGCACCAAGCCAUUCUGGCUGAACCAUCCAUCGGAGGAAAGCUCUUGGAUGUGCUGAGAGGAGCACAGGCCAUGAGAGUGGAGAAGAAAAAUGGCCUGGAGUUGGCCUACUUGCCUUUCAAGGAGACAGACCGCAAAGAGUACACGUACUCCUUCGGUGAGAACAUUGCUGAUGUUGCGAAGCAAGCUGUGAUUCUGGUCGUGGGGCAAACCGGAGCCGGAAAAUCCACACAGAUAGAUGGCAUGCUCAACUACUUGCUGGACGUGAAGUGGGAAGAAAACAUCCGCUUCAAGGUUGUGGACGAGCUCCAAACCGUCACCAAGGAGAGUUUGCAAACAGGAGGCGCUGCCAGUCAAACUGACGCAAUCACAGCCUACAAGAUCCCGGCUGUGAAAGGCAGCCCAGUGCACAGCAAUGUCACCAUUGUUGACACUCCGGGCUUUGGUGACACACGUGGACUCCAUUUCGACCACAAGAUCGUGGACCAGAUGAAGAAGUUCUUCCACGACAUGUCAACACACGUAGACAUUUUGACAGGUGUUUGCUUCGUGGCUCCUGCCUCAGCAGCACGUCUGACAGAGUCACAGCAGUAUGUUUGGAACGCCAUCCUUGGUUUGUUUGGGAAGGACAUCGUGGACAACAUCCUCCUUUGCUUCACGUUUGCUGAUGGUGAGAAGCCCCAGGCACUCGAAGCAGUUCGGGCAGGUGGCAUUCCAAUGAGGGCUUUCUUCAAGUUCAACAAUUCUGCCUUGUUUGUGGACCCCAAUGGCUCUGAAACCGAUGCUGUGAGCAAGAUGUUUUGGGACAUGGGGAAGAAAAACAUGUCGGACUUUUUCCAUUCGCUGUCUGGUAUGGACCCCAAGAGCCUGCACUUGAGCAAGCAGGUCAUGAGUGAACGCGAACAGCUUGAGGUUACCUUGGAGAAUUUAGGGCCUCAGGUGAAACUGACCCUGGGAUAUGCCAACUCCUUGCAGCAACAGGCUGCACAGUUUGCUCUCUUUGAUGACCAGCUGGAAGGCGCCAAAGACUUCAAGUUGAAGGUGCAGGUGCCAAAGUUCCGCAAGAUUGCCACCAGCAACAAUACCACCACUUGCACAGAAUGUGACAAGACUUGCCACAACAACUGUAUCUUUGCCAAUGAUGCGCAGAAAGCAAACUGCUGCGUCAUGAGGAAUGGAUACUGCCAAGAGUGCCCCAAAAAGUGCCAUUGGUCCAAGCAUCAGAAUCUUCCAUACAUUUUGGAAUGGUAUAUGGAGACACAGGAGAAGACCCUUGAUGACUUGAAGGUAAAGUACGACGAAGCAAACAAAGGCCGGCUUGACAAGGAGAAAAUCAUGCAAGGCCUCCUGGAUGAUAUGAAGAAAAGUGACCAAAUCUUGGCGCAGCAGAUUUUGAAGAUGAAGAAGUGCAGGGAGAGGCUCAACGAGAUUGCCAUGCGGCCUCACACCAUGCCCAGUGAGGCCUAUUUGCAGCAACUCAUUGAAAACGAAAAGGCAAACCAACAGCCAGGGUGGCAGGGACGUGUGAAUGGGCUGGAGAAACUGAAAACCCACAAUCGUCUUCUCAAAGAUGCCGAGGACCCAGAGUUUUCGAAAAAACUUGUGGCCCAAUUCACUGGCGAUCAGAAAGUCCAGCGAGCUGCUCGCUAUUGCAAGACCAAGGGUGGCAACAAUGCAGGGGACAGAUCCACGAUUGCUUUGUCAGCAGUCGCGGCAAUCUUCGCAGACUUUAGCGGCUUGUUCUCCAGCCACAGAAGCACAGCAGAUGCCUCCGUUUACAGUUUCACCUACAACUGCGGUUCUUCGCAGAUGUUCUACUUCAAGGUGUCAGCUGUGAACGGCGUGGGCACCGGCGAAGGUGCGGAUUCGGAUCCUACGGGCAUUUACUGUGCACCGAUUCCACUGACUCCGGCGGUAGCUCGACAGAGAUGGGGAUUGGAUGAUUGGGUGGCGCCGGUCCUCACGGCCACCGCCACCAGCGUCACAGUGGCGCUGUAUCAACCAACGAACAUCCAGUUGAGCAGCUCGUCCCACACGGGGUGGCGCAUCUUGCUCGAUGACGCCAAUGAUGCGGACAACACCUAUGAUGAGAUCGCCGUCUAUGACACGACUGUCCUGAGCUACACCAUUACCUCCAACAUCGUCACUGGCAACUACUACCGGGUGAAAUUGAAGCUGUGCUCCAUUGUCGGAAGCUCAGCCGGCUGCAGUACAGAGUCCGACAUCGGUGGGCCGAUCAUCGCGGCCUCCCCUCCAGCGGCGCCAGUGAGGGGCUCGGUUUUCCUCGAAUCCAAGUCGCCCACACUUGAUCUCAAUGUUUAUGGUCUGAUCCUCCCCUCCGCCUGGCAACCCCCAUCAGCUGCCACUGUGGUUGGGCUGUUGCGGUUUGCGCAGCAUGCAUUCAUCCAGCCAGAUGCUGCUGAAAGGACAUUGCAGCGACGGGAGAUGCUGGCAGCAGCCGGUCUGGCAGGGCUCGCAGCUGCACCUGGACACGCUUCGGCCGAGAUCUUUGGCGCUGGACCGCCACCCACGCGAAAGCCCUACAAGGAGAACCUGGACGAUUUCAAGGCGAUGCAGGUCCUAAUUGGCCAAGACAUUGGGCCGGUUUCGAAUCAGCAGGGCGCUUGCUAUGAGAUCGCGAAUGCGGAUGCCGGAAAAACCAUGGCUCCGACCCCUGGAGUGGUGGUGUAUGACCCAGAUGCCCCGUGUGGAGCUGGAAAGGCAUACAUCCACUCAUCUGGCAAGGGGAAGUUUGCACCUAUGACAGCCGGUGGCGGAAAGGGAAAGCACAAGUACUAUGCUGCCAACUUUGCGGGAAAGGCUGGUCGCCAUGGACAACCGGAAGACUUGACCCAGUUCUCGGGUUCUAAUGGUGGCGCGAUCAUCGAAGGUUGGUACGUCUACAUCUCCACGGACGGCGAGACCUGGCCGGCGACCAACGCGCCCAGCGACACGGUGGCGGAUGUGAACACCAUGCAGUAUACCAUCACUUGUGCGACCUAUUCGGCUGGCCAAGCAAUGCUGUGGGUGAAGGUCGCGGGCUAUAGCCUGGCGGGCACUGGCACUUUGUCUGGCACCCUGGCCUCGCGCUGCUCGGCGGCGCCAGAUACCCCGGCCACCCCGACGGUGGUGAGUUCGAGCGCCACGCAGAUCACCGUCGGAUGGACCGCGCCCACGACGACGGAGCUUCACAAUGCACUGCAUCAAGGGUACAAGGUCUCGUUCGAUGAUGGCGCCGGAGGACCCUUCACCACAGUCACGCUCACGGACAACCUGCAGGUCCAGUACACCAAGACGGGCUUGUCAGCUGGUCAAACCUAUAGGUUCCGUGUUCAGUACUUGUCCGAAACCGGAGAGAGUUCCACUUCGGCAGUACUGUCCGCAGUGGCUGCAUCUGUACCCGAUGCACCCGUGGUAUCUAUUGUGUCGACUUCGGAUACCACCUUGGUCUACAGUGCGCAAUUGCUGGGUUCCACAGGUGGAACAGCCAUCACUGGUUGGAACAUCUAUGCCUCUGAUGAUGGCAUCACAUAUCCAACCACACCAUAUGCGACUGAAUCGGCCGCCUUCACGUCGUACUCCCUGGACUGUACCAACUUUUAUGCCGUGAAUCGGGGGAUGAUUGAUUUUCUGAUAGUAUCCGUAGCCAUUUUGGCUCACGUCUGUCUCUCAAGUGCUUUUGUUGCACUGGAUUCGAUAGAGCGCUUUACAUCUGGGGCGAUGCUGCGCCUUUCCAUUUUGACCUUUUGGGUGGCAUCUUCUUGGGCAUCGCUAGAUGAUGCUCCAAUAGAGGGCAGUCUUGUGGUGGACGAUGACUGCACCCACUCCGACACAUGUGCCCUGAACGCAUUGCAGCUCAAACGUUGCCCCUUCAACUUCCAGCAUGAUGUAAAGGAGACGAUGCUGAACAUGUCUGCAGAGAUCGACAGCUUGAACGACAAGCUGGUAGUGUUAGUCGCCAAAGCAAUGCGCACUUCAUUCAAGGACGACUUCAGCCGCCUGGUGGGUGCCACCUCGAGGGCUGCUGCUGUCUUGGAAAUCGUAGCGCCGAGGUUCAUUACCUUGACCAACAAGACUAGCGCUUCUUUGCAAGAUGCAGGCAUUGACGCAUUUGGCGGCAAAGCAAAAGAAGAGCAGACCUCUUUGCUGAGAAUGCAGAGGUUUUUGGUUGACCAUGCUGGCGAGGUUCUCAAGAACAUUGCCGCUGCUCGGAGCAACGACGGUGAUACCGGAUUCGCCACAAAGGUGAACACGGCAGCCCAAGAGGCUGGACAUUGGAUCCAGGGUGUGCUUAAAGUCGCUUGGUCCACUGCAACAGAUCAGCUGCCACGCAUCAAUGCUUUGGUGAAGAAUGAGAUUGUGAAUACGUCUGACAUGGUGACCGAGGCAGCCUGCGCUGCGGACACUGCCACCAGUAUCGCUUCCCUUACAACACUCUACGCACAAAUUGUGCAAGCUGCCACAGACUGUGACGUUCGCAACAAGACCUUGUUCAGCAUUGCGGAUUGCGAGUCAAGCGCUCUUUCUGUUCAGACAGGCAUCAGCUUGGUCAUCAAAGAAGGAGCAAAGAUGAUGCACACCUGCUAUGGAAGCGACUGGAGUUGUGCGGAAUCCAUGGCAUCGGCCAGUCAUGAUCUUUUGCAGGCCUACAAUUCCCUUGUGGUGUUGGGCGAUUCUUGUAAAUCUAGUGACCCAAUUGCCCUGGCCGUUUGCGAGAGUGAAGCAUUCCAGUUGUCGUCCAACCUGGGCCCGGUUGACUUGGCAGUUUCUACCCUGAAAUUGGGAGACAAGUUGAGUCGGUCAAUUUUACAGUAUUUCUGGCUGAAGAUGGCGGCAGUGAGCAGCGCGGGCGAGGGCGCCUUGUCUACUGCUGUAAAGAGCCGCUGCUCUGCUGCACCUGGCACCCCUCUGAUUCCAACUGUGACUGCCUCCACAUCCAGUUCCAUCACUAUCGGCUUUGACACCAACGGCCUAAAUGGUGCUUACCUCACUGGUUUCAAGAUCUACACGGACGACGGCAACAACGGGCCAUGGUCCAUUGACACCAUCACCGACACCACGCAGCGAACCUUCACCAAAUAUGGCCUCAGUGCUGGCUUGUAUUACCGCUUCAAAGUUCAGGUGGUAUCUGAAGUCGGCACGAGUGCAUCUUCUCCCAUCGCAACCUUUGUCGCUGCAGCGACUCCCGACCCUCCAACUGUCUCGGUGACAUCCUCAAGCAACAUCCAGAUCGACCUGGCCUGGUCUCCAGGCAGUGAUGGUGGCUCUACCAUCACUGGAUGGUAUGUCUAUGGUUCAACAGAUGGCAUUACUUGGAGUGCCGCCGCCAGCCCUCAGUACACCGUGGUCAGUGGCUCCACCUACACCCAGGCAGUCGACUGUACUGAUACCUCCAAGUGGAGCGGCGCUAAUGUGCAGUUGACGUACGUCUACCUGAGAGUCUCCGGUCUGAACGCCGCUGGCACGGGGAUUCCUUCCAACUCCUAUCGUUGGCGAUGCUCGGAGAUUCCAGGGCAACCGGCGAUCCCCACCAAGGUGUCUGGAACCUCAAGUUCUGUGACAAUUUCGUAUGCCCCAACCACUCUGAACAACGCCGUGCUGAUGGGGUACAAAGUCCUCUAUGACGAUGGCCUCAAUGGAGCUUUUACUGAGGUCUCUGUCACCUCGACGUCCCAGACGGAAUACACCGCGGCGGGUCUCACAGCUGGCUUGAGCUACCGAUUCCAAGUGAAGAUUGUUUCUGAAGUUGGAGAGAGCCUUGUAUCGCCUACUCUGACGGUAACAGCAGGCCAAUCUGGCGGCGGUGGUACCAGCCUCACCAAUGUGGGCAAAAGGCUUGGCAAGAAGAAGAAAAACAGGAGUGCGAAGCGGAAUGAGAAGGAGGCGGCUCACCGAAACAAAAUGGGGAAAGAACCAAAGGCCAAAGCUUCAGCCAAAGCGUCCCCUAGCAAGGCAAAAGUUAAGUCAAAAGGGUCCAAGUCGCCGAAACAGUCUCCCAAGCUGUCUCCCAAGGAUUCCCCUGUGGAAAAGCUGUGCGCUUGCGAUGAGGUGAAGCCAACAGCCAUGAGUGUGGACUGUGCCGAUGCGGAUCCGCCGACGGCGCCACACUACAUCUCCUCUUCGGGCAACAACCAACUCACGGUCGGUUGGACCUUCCCAGGCUCCGAUGGUGGCGUUCCCAUCACCGCAUGGAAUGUCUACUAUGCCAUCGGCUACGCUGAAGCCGACUUCCCGGACGUCUCGUUGCCAUCCACGACCACGGCUGUGGGUACGCUACAAGUGACUGUGGAUUGCACCAACAUCGGUGGUAACGACCGCUCACUGAACUUCGUCUACUUCCGCGUCCCUGCCUUAGCAUCCCACGUGGUCAACAGGAAAUGGGUUGCGGCCAUGGCUGUCUCUGAGGUGGCCGCCGUCACAGGUGCCGGGGUCGGUCAGUACUCACCCAAGUCGCGCAUGUUUUGCGCCAACAAGCCGGAUGCGCCCACUGUGACCGAUUCUUUUGUGGGAACCACCAACUCCGUGACCAUCAACUUCAUGGAAGGAGCCCUCAACAGUGCGGAGUUAUUGGCCUUCAAGGUUUACAUGAACGACGGUCUGGGCGGCGCUUUGUCGUACAGAGGCAAGGUGACUGACACGUCCUACAGAUACUACACAGCCACUGGCCUAGUGACAGAUCGCACCUAUUUGGUGCAGGUCACGGUGGUCACCAGCGCGGCGGAGUCGGACCGCAGCACGGUGAUGUCGGUGCGCGCCUGCGGCGCGCCCUCCACACCGGCGGCGCCGGCCCGGAAGUCCUCCACCUCCAGUACCAUCACGGUGCAAUGGGCGGCGCCAGCCGACAAUGGCUGUCCUAUGACUGGGUACCGUGUGUUCAUGGACACAAACCAAGAUGGUGUGUCAGACCAAGAGAUUUACCCAGGAGCUGGAGAUAUUACAGAUCCCUUGGACAGCAGUUUGGUGGCCAAUGUUCUGGAGUUCCAGCGGACAGGCCUCACACCUGGGACGACCUACGGUUUCUUGCUGCGCGCCUACAAUGGCCGCGGCUACACCGAAAGUACCUGGUCCUACAUCAAGGCUGCAGGCGAACCUGCUCAGAUGACACCACCCACACAGAACGCUGCUUCUGGUAGCAGCACCACCAUUGUCUUGGCCUGGACGGUGCCAGACAUGCAGGGUGGAACAGCUGUGGGCUUCAAGGCAUUCAGGAACAGUGGAGAUGGUACAUCGAUGAGUACCACUGCUGAUGCAACUUGUGGCAUGGAGACCAAGCCGGCACCACAAACCUGUACUCUGACCGGCCUUGUUUCUGGCGAGACAUACACGGUGCAAAUGCUAGCCAUCAAUGACGUCGGCGAAGGAACCUUGUCCACAGCUGCGACACUCUAUGCCGCAGCAACUCCUGCACAGAUCACUGACCUUGUGAAUACGGCAUCAGCCACCACACCGUCUUUGACCUUCUCAUGGACUGCACCUUCCAGCAAUGGGGCCUUCAUCUACAACUAUGAGGGCGAAAUGUACAGGGUAUCAGAUACAACCACACAGUCCUGGGAUGCGGGUGGAAGUCAAGCAACUCCCUACACGACCACCACGAGUGUUCUCCUCACCGGCUUGGGCUUGGUUGCGGCCGAGCAAUACAAGUUCCGCGUGCGGGCUGUCAACAAGAUGGGCAGCGGCACAUGGUCCGAGUGGUCUUCGCUGGUGGAUCCUCCACGGGGCUUUACGCUGGACACGCCAACCACACCCACGAACUUCGGAAGGCAUUCCGACCCAGCAGUCUCAGGCACCAUCAAAGUUGGAUGGGAUGCCAUUGCCACCGUCGCUGAUGCGGGUGGCGAUGCUGUGGCUUCUGUUACCUAUGAGGUGUACGCUGGACCAACGACCGGCACCAUGACUGCGCAGACAUUGGGUUCACCAACCGACACCUUCUUCUCCAAGGCUGUGACCACAGGCACCACCUAUUACUUCCAGAUGAGGGCUGUUGGAUCCUCAGAAAGUCGAAGCAUUUCUCAACCUGGCCGUGUGUCACUCGAAAUAUGUUUUCAAUGUUCCUCUAUGUUCCUCUAUAUUUCCCAAAUUUAG